AUCCCCUGCAUCUGCGGCAAUGGGUAAGGGAACAGGGAGCUUUGGUAAGAGGAGGAACAAGUCACACACGCUCUGUGUGAGAUGUGGCCGCCGAAGCUUUCACAUCCAGAAGAGUCGUUGCUCGGCCUGUGCUUAUCCAGCUGCCAGAAAGAGGACAUAUAACUGGAGCGUGAAGGCAAUAAGAAGAAAGACAACAGGAACUGGUAGAAUGAGGUAUCUCGGCAACGUGCCUCGUAGGUUCAAGACUGGCUUUAGAGAAGGUACCCAAGCCACCCCAAGAAACAAGGCUGCAGCUGCUUCUUCCUAGGCAUUUGUUCAUUUUGUGUUUUGCCGUUUGUUUCUUGCGUCUGAUGUAGCUUUUUGUUUUAUUCUUUUUUGGAGGAGAAACUACUUUGUUUUGUUUAUUUUUUGCUAUUGUACUUCUUUCGUCUGCAAUUCUAUCCCAGAUUGUCUCAUCAAUGGUAUAUCAAAUGAAAUGCAUCCGUGCUA